GGUUGAUGAGGAAGCAAGGCAUCCUUUGGGCAUCCCUGCUAAUGUUAAUUGGUAGGAUCGGUUGCCUUCCUCGUGGUAGACAAUAGUGGAAAAGAUCAUGGAAGAUGAAGACGACCCCAUCGUGGAAGAGAUUCCUGUUCAUUUAUCGAAGUUGUUAUCGGAACACUUGUAUGUGCUGCAGUAUCCGGUUAAAUCUUCAUCGUCAUCCUUCGACGACGGUCGGGUUGUGAAUUGUUGCGUCAAACCCAUAAAUCAACAGAUUAAGGUCGAUUUCGCGUUAGAUACGGCGUCGAGCAACUAUGAUGCGUUCAAGGGAGAACAGUUCGCUUUGGCAGCCGACGGGAAGCAGCGAGACAAAAGCCAAAAGCUUACGUUCCGCAGCGGAACCAUGGACAAGCAGUCGUUCUUGAGCACGAAACCGAUCGAGGAUGUAAGCCGCUAUCUGGUGUGUGCGAUGCAGGAUGGCGAAGUGCACGCCACCCCGCUGAAGGGCAUCGUUUCGAUGCGACAAAUGUUUUCCUACUUCGACAAGCAGGACAAGCGCACCAAGGCUGAGCAAAAGGCGGAACAGGACGCCGACGGUGUCGGGGCAGAGGACGAAGAACUGACGCAGGUGACGGUAAAGUUUGCCCGCACGGAGAACGAGAAGGUGCGCAAAGCGCGGGAAAAAUCGUUCAACUAUCUAUCAAAGAUGGAAGCGGAGGAACCGUGGUGCGAAGCGUUUUGGCAUGAGAAACAGUCCGCCACGGCUAAUCUGGAAAGGCAAAAGCUGAUCAGUGGAAGUAGCGUAGGUGGUAGCGGACGGAUGGAAGUAGACAGUGCUGCGCUGAACGUUCGGCCGAUGGAGUACAUGGAUAUGCUGAUAAGCAAGGAGAAGACAGAUAGAAACAUCGACUCGUUGCUCCCCAGUAGGGUCGUCUGUUUGCACAAGCUAAAACAACUCCCCUUGCUGGAUCAGCUGAAAGUCAUACUUACGGAUGCGAAAGUGAUUACCUUUCAGCAAAUUCUCGACUUGCUACCGGAUCGGAUGAAUCCGGCAGAAAAGGUGCUACGUCUACUGCCACAAGUCGGUUGGUUGAUCCGCGGCAACUGGGUCGUUCAGUCGGAAUACGUCUAUUUGGAUGGCAGUGUAUCCGGUACAAAUGGUGUGUUGGCCGAGCAAAUGCGCAAGGCGCGCGACUACAUUCUCUACCGUUUUACGAAAUGUGAUAAACUCGAACGGCAUCAGCUGGGAAUCAUAACGCAGCUUCCAACCGAUGAGAUCCGCGAUAUCUUGCUGUCGGUGGCAAAACUGAACACGUCCGACCGUACCUGGAGCUUGCUUUUGCCACCGAAUGAAUGUUUUCAGGGCGUGGACGAGCAAGAGAUAAGCGAACGUCAGAGAGCUUUCUGGCAGGCCCGGGCGGACAAAUUCACCGAGAUGGAGCGAAACAGCACCACGCCAACGAGUAAACGGAUACGAAAGCGGUCGACCCGUGACAGUGGCCCGACGACACCUAGCACUGGUGCCAGCAUCGGGAACAGUCCUAACACCGCCCAUUCACGGCAGCUUUCGAACGGGUGAAGCAGAAGGCGCCAGAAGGGCCCACGGGACACUAGAUAUUGGAUAGAUAUUUGCUAUAUUCGAAAGGAGAAGGAGCGCGAAGUGCCACGCACGUCCGAUUGGUGCCGUAGUACGAUUCGGUACUUCCAUCCC